AGCAUAGACGACGGCUGGUUCACCUGCCUGGGAGAACUGAUCCAUUUAAAUCUCGGCAACAACCAACUCACAACUGUGAGCAACCAAACUUUUCUUGGGCUCUCAAGUUUGAAAUAUUUGGAUUUAAGCGGCAACAGGCUGAGGCAAAUCCAAUACGGCGCUUUUGAUUCUUGCGACAAUUUAAAAACGUUGAACCUUGGAAAAAAUCCGCUGUCCUACAGCAGCAGGAGUUUUCACCCGAGAUUGUUUCAACCCUUGAAACGCCUGGAAGUUCUGUCCAUUCAAAAGUUCCUAGUGUACAGUUUGCACUACCCCCUGUCUGCGUUACUGCAGCUAACGAGUCUCAAGGAGCUGAGUGUUGAUGAGGCCAAUGAGGAUUACUUCGGGAAAGAUUACCAGGCACUGAAAAGUAUGUCAACGUUAAAACUCGGAGUUGACGGGAGCUGCGACACCAUCGAACUGGUUGAUAACUACUUUAUUGGUUUCCCAUUUCUUAAAACAAUUCAAAUUAACGGCUGCAGC